AUAAGGCAAGCAUUGGUUGGAUUACCAGGAGUAAAUGGUCUUUCAACCGAGCAACGCAAGAGGCUCACCAUUGCAGUUGAGCUUGUAGCAAACCCCUCCAUAAUAUUUAUGGAUGAGCCAACUUCCGGUCUAGAUGCAAGGGCUGCAGCAAUCGUUAUGAGAACUGUUAGGAAUACAGUGGACACUGGAAGAACAGUUGUUUGCACCAUCCAUCAACCAAGCAUUGAUAUUUUUGAAGCAUUUGAUGAGUUGUUUCUAAUGAAGAGGGGAGGACAAGAGAUAUAUGUUGGGCCAUUAGGUCGCCAUUCUCACCAUUUGAUUCAGUACUUUGAGAAAAUUCCAGGAGUUAGUAAAAUCAAAGAUGGUUAUAAUCCGGCAACAUGGAUGCUAGAAGUGACAACCAUAGCACAGGAAUUAGCUUUGGGUAUUGAUUUUGCUGAAGUUUACAGGAACUCAGAACUAUUCAGGAGAAACAAAGAACUCAUCACAGCUUUGAGCACCCCGACUCCUGAUUCAAAGGAAUUAUUCUUUCCUACCAAAUAUUCUCAGUCAUUCUUGACACAGUGUACUGCUUGUCUAUGGAAGCAGUACUGGUCAUACUGGCGCAACCCACCAUACACUGCUGUCAGAUUUCUCUUCUCAACCUUCAUAGGUCUGACCUUUGGGACAAUGUUCUGGGACCUUGGAUCCAAAACGACAAAGCAACAAGAACUGUUCAAUGCAAUGGGUUCAAUGUACGCUGCUAUUAUCUUCCUUGGUGUCACUAAUGCCUCAUCCGUGCAGCCAGUUGUGGCUGUUGAAAGAACAGUCUUCUACAGAGAAAGAGCUGCUGGAAUGUACUCGGAAAUGCCAUAUGCCAUCGCACAACUCUUAAUUGAGCUCCCAUAUGUUUUUGCUCAAGCAUUGGUAUAUGGUGUCAUAGUCUAUGCAAUGAUAGGAUUCGAAUGGUCAGCUGCAAAGUUCUUCUGGUACAUAUUCUUCAUGUACUUCACAUUACUAUACUACACCUACUACGGGAUGAUGGCUGUUGCUGUGACACCAAACUACCACAUUGCUUCUAUAGUUUCAUCUGCCUUUUAUGGAUUAUGGAACCUCUUUUCUGGAUUCAUAGUUCCUCGACCUAGGAUUCCUAUAUGGUGGAGAUGGUAUGUUUGGUUAUGUCCUGUAUCUUGGACCUUAUAUGGAUUGGUGGUAUCACAAUUUGGUGAUCUGAAGAACACGCUGGAAUCUGGUGAAACAGUAGAAGAAUUUCUGAAGAGUUAUUUUGGGUUCAGACAUGAUUUUCUAGGGGUUGUGGCAACUGUAAUUGUUGGGUUCCCAUUACUCUUUGCAGCUAUCUUUGCUGUGUCCAUUAAGGUGUUUAAUUUCCAAAGAAGAUAGACCCUUAUUGUGACAUAUGUGCAGAGAAGGAGCAUGCUUUAAGCUUUGUAUUGUGUCAGUCAUGUGUAUUAAAUUUUGCUGAACAUUUAUCUUGUUACCCAAGUGUAGUGCUCCAUGACUGUUUCAUC